AUGGAAAAUUCAAACCCGCCUUCUUCUUUAAGUGCCGAAGUUUCUGAAUUGACGCCUUCUGAAGACAAAAAAAUGAAGCCAGAUUUCCGAUUAAUGGAUUUAUACAUGUUGGAGCAACGAACAAUGCUCAAAAACUGGACCCUAAAUCAACAAAUCUCAUACUCCCUCUGCUCGAAGAAAUGCAAAGAUCUCAUUCAAUCUCUGGGACAAAAAUUCAAAUUCAAUUUUUUUGUAUCGAAACAUUUGGAAAUCGAGAUUUACAAAAAAACUGACAGAUUUCUACGAGCAAACAUUGAAUAUUGCCCAGAGAAACAAGAAGUCAAGUUUUCAAGCCCAGACGAUAGAAAAUAUAAAUUCGAGCUGAAUUUCAAAAUGAGUUUGAAGGCAUUUUUGGAGCAUUUGCGUACGAUUUAUGGUUGCAAUACGCCGAAUUUGAUGUUUAGGGAGGAGUUGGAAAGUUUAGAUAUGAUUGAAUUAAAGGACGCCAUGUCUGGAUUCCAAAUCUCCAACAUGACGAUUCUUAAUACUGUAACAAGUGAUUCAUUUUCAAAAGCUCUGGACUUCUACACGUCACCGAAAAGGAUGAUCUUGGCUGUCAACAGAAGAGAUUUCCCAUUUUCUGAAUUUAACUCUGGAUUCAAAGGAAAACAAUUCGAGAUUGUCAAAGUUAUGGAGUACCCCUUGGAGCAGUUGCAAUUAUUCCGGUCCGUCAUUAGCAAAUAUAUCGAAAUCGAUUGUCUCUUUUGUAACCCGUGGAUGUUCAAUCUGGUUUUGAAGGACUGGAUUAAUGGUGAAGGAUCAGCUUGGAGAGACCAUCUGGAGGCUUUGUAUCUUCGGUUCAAUAAAAGUCAUCUUCCUGAUAAUUAUGAAGAAGUGAUAAUAGAUGGAAUCGAGUUCCAGAGAGAGUCCCUUCAAAAACAACCGUAUGAUGUACCGCAUUUUGAUGAUAAUGAAUUUUGGGAACUUUCCAAUGAAAUGCACGCUAGAUUUGGAAUUCGGAGAGUUACGGAUGGAAAAAAGGCUACUGUCAUUUUGGAUUCUUUCAAAAAUUCGUUCUAUUUCAAACUCAUUAUUGGUCAUUGA